AUGGCUUCUAGUGGAUCCAAUUCGUCCGCAACCUCUAGAAGUGAGGUGUCAGGGUCGUCUCGUGCGUCGGGGACGUCCACAGAACCUUCAGCAUUUUUUUAUUUCCCCACCCACCCGAAUCUCCGCCGCGCCAAUAGCGCGGUAAUACCGCCGCCUGCCGAUGCGUUAGUGAAUGACACGUUUGAAAAAGUCAAGACAGUUAUCCCUGAGAUUGAUAGACAAUCUGUCAAGAGCGCACUGAGAAAUGACUUUAGCCAGAAUGACCCUGCAAGAGCCAAGUUUCUCCUAGAACAGUAUCGCGACGCAUUAGCGGGUAUGGUUGUUUCAAUAUCAAAGCAAGCGCAAAGGAAAAAACUACAGGGUGCCUCAAAUAUGAACGGAAUUUCUUGUUAUGUGGAUAGCCUACUGGUUUCUAUGUUUAGCCGGAUGGAGAACUUCGAGCCGUUGUUGUAUCAACAUUUCGACGAUAUGAAGCGUGCAUUGCUAUCUACCUGGCUCAGAUUGUUUGUGAAUCUUAUCCGUUUGGGCGAACUUGUAACCAAGGACAUUGUACAUGGGCUGCUGGCGACUUGUGUAACGACCGGUUGGGGGUUCGAUCGGCCCGGCGGCCAAGCCAUUAACAACCAGCAGGAUGCGGCGGAGUUUUUCGCCUUUCUCACUGAUGCGCUGAAAAUGCCCAAGCUCACCCUACGGGUCGAAAUCGCUCACGCUGGUCGUGAAAAUGCCGAAGACGAUCACAAGGUCGUCACCGAGCAGUUGCUUUAUCUGCCUGUGCCCGGAACAAAAGACGACCCGCCCCUUUUGCUGGAAGAAUGCCUUGAAAUGUACUUUGCAAAUUCAAUUAACGUCAAUCGCAGAGUUGCUGCUCGAAGUGAUUCGGCAGACAUGGGCGCCCGUCAGCGAUCAUAUAGCAUUGUGUCAACACACACACUCUCUACACUCAACCAUCCAACGCCUAGCAUGGGGACACCGCGAAGGGGAUUGGGAUUCUCUGAAAACCCGUUAGAUGACAGUGAUGCCACACCUUUUACUCCACCAACAGAUGGGUUCUCGUCACCCCAACUCGGAACCCAUUCCCCGGGCUUUGAUAGCCCUCUUCCAUCUUAUUCCCAAUUAUUUGGAGAUGUACCACAGAGAGAAGAUGUCAAGCGUAAAAUGUGGACGUCCAACAACGAGAUCACAUUCCCUGCUUGGAUGUUCCUGCAGCUUAUGCCGUUUUACACCGAUGUCCGGGAUUCAUCUGCUUUGGAAAACUUGGAAGCUCAACAGGUAGCCCAGCACUUUUCUGAAACGAGACCUGUUCUGGGUCUUUGUUUGAAGCGGUAUUUCUGGGGUCCUAAUGGAGAACCCCAUCGUAAUGACAGACACAUUAUCGUACCGGAGACGAUUUUCCUUCCUUCGUUUGUGGCCGACGACUCCGACCGGGAUCGAGCAUUUGGCAAUUUCAAGCUUGAAUUGGAAUCGGCAAUAUUCCAUCGUGGAAAUAGCAUCCAUUCCGGCCAUUACUUGGCUUUGGUUUGUGACAUUUGCGACAGUAAAGCUCCCGAGGACUUAAAGCGAUCGUUCUCUUGGCGGUCUAGAUCCAAAUCACGACGACAUCGGGCCCGUGAAGAUGCACCCAAAUUGACAAAACGGAAGCGAUGGCUCUUCUUUGACGAUCUGGCGCCGGUAGGUGAGAAGGUUAUCGAGGUUGACUUCCAGCAAACUAUGGCCGAGCUUUGCCCAUACAUGUUAUUUUACAGAAUGGUUGCACUAGACCCCGAAGAAAUUGAAGAGCAGCCUGCCCCGAAAUUACCGGAACGACCGACGCUACAUCACCAGCCGUUGGUUCAUGCGGUUAGCCAUGACUCGAGUCUCGAUCCACUUGAAGAAGAGCCGAGUGUGUCGGUUCUCAGGUCACCUAAAUCAAGUGGCGACAGCAUUGGGGGUCUUCCAAAUAUUCUGGAAGCAGCCCAUAUUUCUGAUUCAUCCCCAGAAAUGGUGCCGCUCCACCCCACCAUCUCGCCGGAUCCUCUCCGACGAAGCUUGGAACUGGAUUAUGCUGAUCGCGAAGAUGUUCCUCGGCGCCGUCGUAGAUUUUUACGUCGGUCACACAAAGAUUAUGCGGCCAGCUACCGCGAAGAAAAAUGCACAAUCAUGUGA